UCUACCCUGCUACGCAGCUAAAAAAAAGUCUACCCUGCUAGUCUGCUACACCUCUAUACCCGCAUAAGCACCAAUCCAUCUUCCUCCUCUCGACCUCUCUCCCUAGCUCGCCCACCAGUACCACCAAGACACCAUCCCACCGCUGUUCUUGCCCUCACACCCAGACUUUGAACUCCGUUUUUCCAGCCGAUCUGCGAUGUCAUCCGUUGCCCACCUUUCCCUCACAAUUCUCCUCCUCGCCCUCACGUUCCUGCAUCCUUCUUCAUGCCAUCCAAAUGAGGAUCAGACAAAGCCCUACCGAACAUACAUCCUCCUCCUCAAGCCACGCACCGACGCUAGCAGCGACGACGAGCAUCGUUGGUGGCACGAAUCUUUCUUGCCGAGCCCACUCGCUGGCUCCGACGAGGCACGGCUCGUCCACAACUACACCGAGGUCUUCACCGGCUUUGCCGCGAGGCUCACCGAGGCUGAGCUCGAGAUGGUGUCCAAGAAGAGAUCCUUCGUGCGUGCCUUUCCGGACCAGCUGUGGCACCCCUCCACCACGCACACUCCGGAAUUUCUCGGGCUGAAGAAAGGCAGCGGCAUAUGGAGGAACGUCAGCUACGGCAAGGGGGUCAUCAUCGGGGUUCUGGACACCGGCAUCUACGCAGCCCACCCUAGCUUUGAUGACGGUGGCAUCCCGCCACCGCCAUCAAAGUGGAAGGGUUCAUGCCAUGGCGCUUCUCGCUGCAACAACAAGCUCAUUGGUGCUAAGUUCUUCAAUUUUUAUGCCAAUGACUCUGGAGAUGAUGCAGGCCACGGUACCCAUACCGCAUCCACUGCUGCUGGGAACUUCGUCAGCGAUGCCUCGGCCGGCGGCCUCGGCAGGGGCACAGCGUCAGGGAUUGCUCCAGGUGCACACCUGGCCAUGUACAGGGUGUGCACACUCUUUGGAUGUUACGUAUCAGACAUAGUAGCCGGGUUCGACGAAGCUGUCAAGGAUGGGGUAGAUGUGCUCUCAGUUUCCCUCGGCCCUGCUUAUAAUGUCAACUUCACUGGAGACCCUGUUGCCAUUGGCGCACUUAAUGCCGUAGCAAAGGGCGUCGUGGUCGUGGCUGCAGCUGGGAAUAACGGACCCAAGGCCUAUCUUGAGAAUUCUGCACCAUGGUUGCUCACAGUGGCAGCUGGCUCGGUGGACAGAAGCUUUCAGGCUGUUGUGCAGCUUGGCAAUGGCAACCGCAUCGACGGGGAAGCUUUUAACCAGAUUUCAAACUCAAGCUCAUGGCUGUUUCCUCUUUAUUUGGACAAGCACUGCAAGUCGUUGGCUAGAAGAAACGUGUCUGGCAAAAUUGUUAUAUGCCAUAACACAGGAUCAAUGAAUGACUCAAGAACAGGAUCAGUAAAUAAGACUGACAUCACUGGCAUCAUGAGUGCUGGAGCCGCUGGCGUGGUGCUGAUCAAUAGGAAAGAUGCUGGCUUCACCUCCGUUCUUGAGGAUUAUGGUCCCAAUGUUGUGCAGGUGACCGUGGCUGAUGGCAACAGUAUUAGUGAGUAUGUGAGGACAACCAACAAACCCAGUGCCAGUUUCAUCUACAAAAACACUUUACUUGGUGUCCGUCCAUCUCCUACUGUCGCCGCAUUCUCGUCCCGUGGUCCGUGCAGCUUCAGCCCUGGCGUGCUAAAGCCAGAUAUAGUAGCACCAGGGCUCAACAUCGUUGCUGCAUGGCCACCACUCACCAUACUUGGUUCCGGGCCAUUUCAUAUCAAAUCCGGGACGUCUAUGUCGACUCCACAUGUCAGCGGCGUUGCUGCACUUGUCAAGAGCGUCCAUCCCGACUGGUCUGCGGCUGCUAUCAAGUCAGCUAUCCUCACUACAGCUGACAUCGCAGACAGCAGGGGUCACCCGAUCUUGAAUGAGCAGCAUCGGAUGGCAAGUGCCUAUGCCAUGGGUGCUGGCCAUGUCAAUCCCGCAAAAUCUGUUGAUCCAGGCCUUGUGUAUGACCUUGGCAUUACUGAAUAUGCUGGUUACAUAUGUGCUCUUCUUGGUGAUCAAGGCUUGGCAAUCAUUGCGCGUAACCCGUGGUUGUCCUGCACGAAGCUUCCCAAGAUACCAGAAGCCCAACUGAACUAUCCCAGCAUAACAUUGCCACUCAAAUCAGUACCAUUCACAUUGAACCGAACAGUCACAAAUGUGGGGCCAGCAGAUUCAGUGUACACACUGAAGUUGUAUACUCCAAAAUCCCUUACUAUACGUGUCUCACCGGAGAAGCUGGUGUUCUCCAAGGCUGGACAGAAGAUCCAAUAUAGCAUAACGGUGACCAGCCAUGCAAAUGAUGAGAAAAAGUUCAUGGAGGGAAGUUUGAGCUGGGUUUCAAGGAACCAUGUUGUGCGCAGUCCGAUCGUGGCUGCUGCCGAUCUUGAUUCUCCACCACUGUAAUCAGGAAGAGUGUCAUGAUAUGUUGGAUCAUCGCAGACAUACUCCUUCCUUAAUUUAUAUUCUAGAGCAGUGUCCGUCUUUUAACUAGAAUGGUUUCAAUGCCUGCAAAAUAACUGAAGUUUGGACGUGGAGCAUCCAUUGCACUCUUGUAAAAUACUGCCAGUUUAUGAUGUGGUCUGUGUCCUCUAUAAUUAUGUUCCUUUGAAAAUAUAAAUGAUGUGGUA